AUGGAUUUACUCGAGAUUCGCGAGGCUGCGUUGCGGGCAAAGGUGCUGGGCGCGUCACCGCCGCGCGUUGCCUCCUCUGCGGUCAUCGACCGUCUGCGCAGUCUUCAGCUGCAGCUGGACCAGCUAUCCACUGCUGUCCCCGGGUCCCCCAAGCUUCGUGACCUCUAUCAGGAGCACGCCGGGCAGUUGCAGCUCACGUCCGCGAGUGCUUUUGCACACAGCAGCUCCAGAGCCGGUGAUGAACUAAAGCGUGCCGCCAUCCUGAGCUCGGCGGACCGCGUGCAGCAAGUUUCGACCCAGUUGCAGCAACUGCAACAAUUAGUGCGCGUCAUUGACCAACUACGCGCGCCCGACGCCCAGCAACAGACAAAGCUAACACAUAUUGAAUCACAGAGUGAAUUACAGAGCGAACGCGCGCUGGCGCUCCACUCGCGAGUCGAAAAGGUGCUGGCCAGUUAUCGGCAGAUGAUCCUCGUGCUGUCCGAAAAGUGCGUCGAGUACAAUGCGCUGCUAGACCAAUUGCAAGUCUAG